CUACACCCAAAAGAGUACCCGACGAAAAGACACACCCGGCAAAACAGCUGAGAUGGUUCCGUUGGAAAGAUACACCCGGCAAGAGCUGAGAUGGAUACAGAAGCAAACCUGGAUGAUCUGAAGUCUCUGCCCAGCUUUUCUUGGCUGGUGAGGCCUUGUGAAUACUACAAAGAAGAGUACAGUGACUGCUCAAGCAUUAAGGCCAAAUUUCACCAGUACUUCAUUCAUGGUGAAACACGGGAUUGCUCACAGUGGAAGGUGGACUACAGCCAGUGCCUCAAAUUCAGGAAUCAGAAAGAUAUGGAAGCUUUGUCAUCUGUAAUUGAGAGUGAAAAAGAGCGGCGCCAGGACCGGCUAAGGGGUCAUUAUAAUAAUGACGUGUGGGAGCGGAGGGAAGCUCCUCCUGAGGACUGGAAUAAGCCUCUGCCUGAAUAUCUCCAGAAAGACAAUCAGAGCUCAUACAUAGCACUGAAACUUCAAGAAGCCAAGCAAGGAAAAGAAGAUUCUUCUUCUUUAUGUGUAAUUUCAUGAGUAAUGUAUAUAUACCUAGAUUUAUUGAUGUAUAGUUGUGUCAUAAAAAAAUUUUCUUGUAUAAAUCCCUCUUAA